AUGCUCAAGGAACUGAACGAAGCAGGGAAGAGGGUAGGACUGCGAGUAAACAGAAAGAAGGCACAGUUCACGAAGAACGCCUUUUGCGAGGACGAAGAAGUACAACUUGAAGGCUCCCUGGUGGGAACUUCGUCAUACGUAUACCUCGGACGUUCUUUGAAUAUGGAAAACGACUUGAAGGAAGAACUGAAUAGAGGGAUGAGACCAGCGUGGGUAGCAUUCGCACCCGUCAGGGAAGCUGCGGACCAACUGAUGGACCUAGAUCUUCGUGCCCAUCUGUUCGACUCGACAGUUCUUUCAGCGCUCUGUUACGCAGCGGAGACGUGGGCAGACACCGCUGCCACGUUUAGGAAGCCACUUACUACCCACAGACCCCUGAGCAUAGCACCUAGUCGGUCUUCGCAACUCUGA